AUGGCCUCGGCGUGCGGGGCGCCGGGCCCCGGGGGCGCCGGGCCGGGCGCGGCGCUGGGCAGCCCGGCCCCCGCCUGGUACCACCGCGACCUGAGCCGCGCGGCCGCCGAGGAGCUGCUGGCCCGCGCAGGCCGCGACGGCAGCUUCCUGGUCCGGGACAGCGAGAGCGUGGCGGGAGCCUUCGCGCUCUGCGUGCUGUAUCAGAAGCACGUGCACACAUACCGAAUCCUGCCUGAUGGGGAAGACUUCCUGGCUGUGCAGACCUCCCAGGGCGUGCCCGUGCGCCGCUUCCAGACGCUGGGCGAGCUCAUCGGCCUGUAUGCGCAGCCCAACCAGGGCCUGGUGUGCGCCCUGCUGCUGCCCGUGGAGCGGGAGCGCGAGCCCGAGUCCCCGGAUGACCGUGACGCCUCAGAUGGGGAGGAUGAGAAGCCCCCGCUGCCCCCGCGUUCUGGCUCCACCAGCAUUUCUGCCCCCACGGGGCCCAGCAGCCCCCCACCAGCCCCUGAGACCCCCACCACUCCAGCUGCAGAGAGUGCUCCCAACGGGCUGAGCACCGUCUCACACGAGUACCUGAAAGGCAGCUACGGGCUGGACCUGGAGGCUGUGCGGGGCGGAGCCAGCCACCUGCCCCACCUCACCCGCACCCUCGCCACCUCCUGCCGGAGGCUGCACAGUGAGGUGGACAAGGUGCUGUCGGGCCUGGAGAUUCUGUCCAAGGUGUUCGACCAGCAGAGCUCGCCCAUGGUGACCCGCCUCCUGCAGCAGCAGAGCUCCGCCCAGACUGGGGAGCAGGAACUCGAGAGCCUGGUGCUGAAGCUGUCAGUGCUCAAGGACUUCCUGUCAGGCAUCCAGAAGAAGGCUCUGAAGGCCCUGCAGGACAUGAGCUCCACUGCGCCCCCGGCCCCCCUGCAGCCGUCCACUCGGAAGGCCAAGACCAUCCCUGUGCAGGCCUUUGAGGUGAAGCUGGAUGUGACGCUGGGUGACCUGACCAAGAUCGGGAAGUCCCAGAAGUUCACGCUGAGCGUGGACGUGGAGGGGGGCCGGCUGGUGCUGCUGCGGAGGCAGAGGGACUCGCAGGAGGACUGGACCACCUUCACGCACGACCGCAUCCGCCAGCUCAUUAAGUCCCAGCGCGUCCAGAACAAGCUGGGUGUCGUGUUCGAGAAGGAGAAGGACCGGACCCAGCGCAAGGACUUUAUCUUCGUCAGUGCCCGGAAGCGGGAGGCCUUCUGCCAGCUGCUGCAGCUCAUGAAGAACAAGCACUCCAAGCAAGAUGAGCCUGACAUGAUCUCCGUCUUCAUUGGCACCUGGAACAUGGGCAGUGUGCCACCUCCAAAGAACGUGACAUCUUGGUUCACCUCUAAGGGUCUGGGGAAGACCCUGGACGAGGUCACAGUGACCAUCCCCCAUGACAUCUAUGUCUUUGGGACCCAGGAGAACUCGGUGGGGGACCGCGAGUGGCUGGACCUGCUGCGCGGUGGUCUCAAGGAGCUCACUGAUCUGGACUACCGCCCGAUUGCCAUGCAGUCGCUGUGGAACAUCAAGGUGGCCGUACUGGUCAAGCCGGAGCACGAGAACCGCAUCAGCCACGUCAGCACGUCCAGCGUGAAGACGGGCAUUGCCAACACCCUGGGAAACAAGGGGGCCGUGGGCGUCUCCUUCAUGUUCAAUGGCACCUCAUUUGGCUUUGUGAAUUGCCACCUCACCUCGGGGAAUGAGAAGACGGCCCGGCGGAACCAGAACUACCUGGACAUCCUCCGGCUGCUGUCCCUGGGUGACCGGCAGCUCAGCGCCUUCGACAUCUCGCUGCGCUUCACUCACCUCUUCUGGUUUGGGGACCUCAACUACCGCCUGGACAUGGACAUCCAGGAAAUCCUCAACUACAUCAGCAGGAAGGAGUUUGAGCCCCUGCUCAGGGUAGAUCAGCUCAACCUGGAGCGGGAGAAGCACAAAGUGUUUCUGCGAUUCAGUGAGGAGGAGAUCUCCUUCCCUCCAACCUACCGCUAUGAGCGGGGCUCCCGGGACACCUACGCCUGGCACAAGCAGAAGCCAACCGGGGUCCGGACCAACGUGCCUUCAUGGUGUGACCGCAUCCUCUGGAAAUCUUACCCUGAGACGCACAUCAUCUGCAAUUCCUACGGCUGCACCGACGACAUCGUCACCAGCGACCACUCGCCAGUGUUCGGGGCUUUUGAGGUUGGAGUCACCUCGCAGUUCAUCUCCAAGAAAGGACUGUCAAAGACUUCGGACCAGGCCUACAUCGAGUUUGAAAGCAUCGAAGCCAUUGUAAAGACAGCCAGCCGCACCAAGUUCUUCAUCGAGUUCUACUCCACCUGCCUGGAGGAGUACAAGAAGAGCUUCGAGAAUGAUGCACAGAGCAGCGACAACAUCAACUUCCUCAAGGUGCAGUGGUCCUCGCGCCAGCUGCCCACGCUCAAGCCCAUCCUGGCCGACAUCGAGUACCUCCAGGACCAGCACCUGCUGCUCACAGUCAAGUCCAUGGAUGGCUAUGAAUCCUAUGGGGAGUGCGUGGUGGCGCUCAAGUCCAUGAUCGGCAGCACGGCCCAGCAGUUCCUCACCUUCCUGUCGCACCGGGGCGAGGAGACGGGCAACAUCCGCGGCUCCAUGAAGGUGCGGGUGCCCACAGAGCGCCUGGGCACCCGUGAGCGGCUCUACGAGUGGAUCAGCAUUGAUAAGGAUGAGGCAGGAGCUAAGAGCAAAGUUCCCUCUGUGUCUCGAGGCAGCCAGGAGCCCAGGUCAGGGAGCCGCAAGCCAGCCCCCACAGAAGCCUCCUGCCCGCUGUCCAAGUUAUUUGAAGAACCAGAGCGACCACCACCAACUGGGAGGCCCCCCGCCCCGCCUCGAGCUGCUCCCCGGGAGGAGCCCCUGACCCCCAGGUCCAAGCCAGAGGGGGCUCCAGAGCCAGAGGGGGUGGCAGCCCCCCCACCCAAGAACAGCUUCAAUAACCCUGCCUACUACGUCCUUGAAGGGGUCCCACACCAGCUGCUUCCCCCGGAGCCACCUUCACCAGCCAGGGCGCCUGUCCCACCGGCCACCAAGAACAAAGUGGCCAUCACUGUGCCUGUGCCCCAGCUGGGGCGCCACCGGACACCCCGCAUGGGAGAGGGGAGCUCCUCCGAUGAGGAGUCGGGGGGCACACUGCCCCCUCCAGACUUCCCGCCCCCACCCCUGCCGGACUCGGCCCUCUUCCUGCCCGGCAGCCUGGAUCCUUUGCCAGGGCCUGUGGUCCGGGCCCGCAGUGGGGCUGAAGUCCGUGGCCCACCACCUCCCAAGGCCCACCCGAGACCCCCGCUGCCUCCAGGCCCCACGCCUGGCAGCGCUUUCCUGGGGGAAGUGACCAGUGGAGACGAUCGCUCCUGCUCGGUGCUGCAGAUGGCCAAGACGCUGAGCGAGGUAGACUAUGGCGCUACAGGGCCUGGUCGCUCCGUGCUCCUGCCAGGGGAGCUGCAGCCCUCCCGGGCACUGCCCUCUGACUACGGCCGGCCCCUCUGCUUCCCUCCACCUCGCAUCCGAGAGAGCAUCCAGGAGGACCUGGCAGAGGAGGCUCCGUGCCCACCGUGCCCUCAGGGUGGGCGGGCCGGCGGGCUGGGCGAGGCCGGCAUGGGCGCCUGGCUGCGGGCCAUCGGCUUGGAACGAUACGAGGAAGGCCUGGUGCACAACGGCUGGGACGACCUGGAGUUUCUCAGCGACAUCACCGAGGAGGACCUGGAGGAGGCUGGGGUGCAGGACCCGGCCCACAAGCGCCUCCUUCUGGACACCCUGCAGCUCAGCAAGUGAUGGCGGUGGCGCCGAGAAGCUGCGCCCUCGGAGCCCCGGCACCCCCACACGAAGGCCCCCCGAAAUGUCCCGGGGUGGAAAAGUUCUGAGGGCCAGGGUGGAACCUCCGCUUAUUUAUUGGGGAUCGGCAUUCCCCACGGCCUGCCCGUUUGAAAUGCUCUAAUUAGGAUGUCCUGCCCCUCGUUAGGAUGUCUCUUUCUCCCGGGGCUCGUCUGCAAGGACCUGGGCUAUUCUUGUGCUUUUCUGGACCCCUCUCCUAGCCCCGGGGGUGCCCGUGGCCCCCCACCGUAACCGCUCUUUUCAGCCAGAACCACAGGGGGAGGGGCUCAUAGAGGACCUCUCUCCCGACCCCCUCUGCGGGGUAUCGUCCGGAAAUGAAGGAAUCGCCCGAGGACCGGGCUGGGGGUUAUUUAAGCUCUUUUGCGUGGGUUAAGGAGGGGCGGGGGGAGGGGAAGCUCUGGCCCGGGAAGGGCUCGUGUCGCUUGGUUCUGUCUGCAGCUCCCGGACCGCUAAGCGGUGAGGCGUGGCAGCCACGGUUCCCCGCUGGUCUCGAGGGGCACCGGGCCUGGGAGGCAGCCUGUCCCGUCCUGGGUACGCAAAGGGUGCCAGCGUGACGUCUUCAAUAAAUUAAGUUUUAUUUGGA